AUGUGUGAUUGGAUAACUAAGUGGAGUUUGGUAGUGCUAGCACCUCAGGUACCCCUAGGGGGUGCUCAGGGAGAAUUGACAGACAGACGUGAGUUUGAUUCAGAAAAGCUUUCUGACAAUGCAGGAGGCCUUCAACUUAGUCCAGAAGGUGAUGGGGAGACAUGGGUGCCAUUGGUCACAGGUGACAAGGGAAAAUAUAAGGAGCUUAGAGUGGUCAUAUUAGGGGGUGAAGUUCCUGACCAAGGUUCUAACACUGACUACAUUACAGAAAUGACCAUCAACACCAAAUAUGAGUAUAAUCAGAGUAAACUUCCUAAUAUGCAUCUCCAGGGUCCUCGCCAGCAGUGUGUUGAGGUUCAUGUGGGACACAGGCCGCUGGUGGAGUUCGCCCCUUCUCUUGGCCAAAAAUUGGAAGCUCCACCACCCACCCCAGGACAGCUGAGAUAUGUAUUCAUCCACAAUGCGAUACCUUUCAUAGGGUUUGGCUUUUUGGAUAAUGCAAUUAUGAUUGUUGCAGGAACCCAUAUUGAGUUGUCUAUUGGAAUUAUUUUGGGAAUUUCAACUAUGGCAGCUGCUGCUUUGGGAAAUCUUGUGUCAGAUUUAGCUGGACUUGGGCUUGCAGGCUACGUUGAAGCUUUGGCUUCCAGGUUAGGCCUGUCAAUUCCUGAUCUCACACCAAAGCAAGUGGACAUGUGGCAAACACGUGUUAGUGCACAUUUGGGCAAAGCUGUUGGGGUGACUAUUGGCUGCAUUCUAGGAAUGUUUCCUUUGAUUUUCUUUGGAGGAGGUGAAGAAGAUGAAAAACUGGAAAAGAAAAAUUAAUUCUCUUAGAAUAACCAUAAAAAGAUGUAAACUAAUGUACCUCACUUGUUAAAUAUGCUGUCACAACAUUUAGGAAUUAAGACAGUAACAUUGUGUAGAUAUGGGAUCAAAUAAUUCAGCAUGUAUUAUGGAAAACACUAACUUAUUGUGGCUUGGUGUUCUUAGGACAUCUUUUUAAAAAAACUGUUCAGUAUCAUUUUGUGUAAAUUGUUGAAAUGCUUUUUCAUCAAUGGCAGUCAACAUUUUUUCUUUUCCUUCUCUUUCCAUAUGUCAAAAUAUUAUUUAAGUAUCAGUCAUUGAUGUACUGUACUGACUUGGGGUUUGCUUAUUUGUUACUUAACAUGUGUACAUGCAUGAGAGCAUUUUUUGUUGAUGUUGUUCCCUGAUAGUAACAAUUUAAUCUGAGGAUUUUCCCAAAUUACUUAAGAUGUUUAAUAUCAGUUAAAGAUUUUUUUACUCUUUUUGGCAACAUCAAUUUUGUACUGUUUCACAGUAAACAUUUGUAAUCAUAUAAUUUCAGUCAUUUUCUUAACUCACAUCUAUGCAGAUGCAGAUUUUAAGUAUAUAUUAUUUUAAUUUUCUGACUAUACUGUCUUCACAGGAAGAGCAAUUAUGUGGUCUCCCUAGUACAUAAAACCACAUAUGCUAACAAGAGUUCUUAUCUCUAGUUGAUUUUUUUACCUUUAAUUUCCCGAUUUUGAAUAAUUGCAUCAUAGAUUCUGACUUCUGAGGAAAAGAAAAUGAUUAUUUUACUGUCUUUUAAAUGGGGAUUGCAGAAUUAGGGUGAACUAAAGGAUUUGACUUGACUCUUGGAAAUUAAGAGGCUAAAAAUUCUUUUUUUAGAGAUGUGAACUGUCAAGAAGGUUUAUGGUGUAAGGGGUGAAGUAGAAGUGAUAUUUGAAAGGUUAAUGAGAAACAAAUUAUAUUGUUUUGUAAGGAUUUAUUUUCCCUCAAAGUAUCAUCAUCUUAUCUGAAUGGAAUGAGUCUAUUUCAUACUCAUAAUCCUAAUCUUUGUUUUGUCUUGUUUAGUGAAUUUUAUUUUUUGAUAAUUUAUUUUGGGGUGAAAACUAAAUGUUUUAUAUUUUGCUUUUUUGCUAUAUAGUUUAGUCAAAAGUUACAUGAGGAAAAAUCCUUUCUCCCGUUUUUAGUCUUUUUUUCUUUUUUCAUAAUGUUUCAAGCAUGUUCUAAAUUAAAGUUACUUAUUUGUCUUGUAUAUCUGACUUAAGUAUUAUCAUGUCUGAAUCAUAAAUUUUAAUUUUCUGACCUCUCGAAAUUUUUAAGCAUGUGCUCUGUUACACAUGCUAAAAAAUAAUUACUUGUAACAGAGUAAUUAGACACGUCAUGGAGGAGAGGAACUGAAAUUAGAAUGUACUAUUUUGGCUACUGAAAUUAUUGAUGUUGCUAAAUUGAUACAAAAGAAGACAAACUUGUAGGAUGGCUGUAAUUAUGACAAUCUUAUUUUGAAGUUUUAUUUGCACAUAACUACUUUGAGCUCUUAUUUUUAGAGAAGUUAUUUUUUUUUCCACAAGGCAGUUUGUCAUAAAUUCCUAUGCACUUCAGAAUGAUUUAAUGCUAUCCUUUAACUGUAGACUUUGAGAGAAAAAAGAAAAUACACCAUAUAAUACAAAAAUCAAUACAUAACAUUCUUAUUAUGCAUAAAUAAUAUGAGCAUUCUCACUUGGUCAAUUCAGAAUUAUUGAACUUGAGAUCUUAAACAUAAUUAUGGUUUGUAUCUUCCACAUAAUAAAUACCACACACAGACACCAAAAAGAAUUUUUUAAAAUUUCAGACUUAUUGAGUUUAUUUCAGGAUUAGAGUGGUUUAAAUUUUUUUCCCCCUUUGGUAAAUGUGUAAGUGCUUUUGUCCCUAACUUGUACAUUGAUUGCAGUCUUUUCUGUUUUCUAAGAAAAAGUAUUUUUAUUGUGGUGCUUAACUUUUCUUCUUAUUAAUUAAAUCCCAUAUCCAGAAAUCUUGUCUGUGAGUUUAGAAAGGGCUUUCGAUUAUUGGUUUCCUCUUUUUGCUCUUGAAAAUAAUUCAGUUAUACAGAAUCUGUCAGUUUAAUUGAAUAUCUGCAGAAUUACUCAAGGUGUCAAAACAUGGAAUAUGUAACCUUCACAAUGAAAGAUAUUUUAAUUUAUGGGCAUAAUAAAAACUUGAAUCAUUCAGGUAAUUAAUUUUUUUAAAAAUGGAGCCCUGUUGUCCUUAACUGAAGGUAUACAUUUUUUCCAAGAUCUCGUUCUAUCCUAGGUAUGGUGCUUUGCACAAAGUGAUUUCUGAAGAAUGAUAUUGACUUCACGUGAUCAUUGUUCCAUGUUACUUGCUACAAAGAACCUUAUAUCAGACUGAAACUGGAACUCUUUGUUUCUCAUAUUAGCACAAUAACUACAGUUAAAUGCAACAUAAGCUACUUUAGUAUUGUUCGAAUUGUCCAUGUAUUAUGAUUUAUUGACUUGUCGAUGCAUGUAAAUUGAGUACAUUUUGUUGCCACUGUAUGUUAAAUGGUGACCAAUGUUUUUACAAAGGAAUUGAACAAAAAUCUUUUAAGAAUUUUGGAAUGUGGUUUUGAUUUUGAAAUUUGAUUUUCUUACUAAUAUCAGAGGGCCUUAGUUAUUCUGUCACUAAAGGAAAUAGAAUUAAUAAAUGCAGAUUUGUUACAAGGUGGUAGCAGUGCCACUGACAAAGUAAAUGUAACUAUUUAUCAUCUCCCUGAAAUCUACACUUGAGAUACAAAAUGACUCUAUGAGUAUGAUCUCACAGAAAAGCUUUAGAUAGAGAAAUUGGCAUAAAUCAAACUGAUGGGUAUUUACAGCAGAGAUAUCCAAGCCAUUUACGUAAUAAUGCCUCAUUUAUUUUAUUCUUUUUCUCUAGAAGGUAAAUUUUGGAGGCAAUGGAAGUUUAUAUUUUACACCAAAAGUUUGUAUAAAUCAUUUUCAAGUGAAUCUUACAAAUUUUAGAAUUAUAUUUUCUUGCCAUCUUAAAAUAGUAUAUUAAAUAUAAUCUAACCUUUUUCUUAGUGGCUAAGCAUCAUCUUCGUGGGCAUUAUUAUUAUGCUGUAAUGCAGUACCUUUGGUAUCUAAUUUUUGUAGUUUUUUAUUUUCCUCCCAUGUUUUUGCUGCUCUUGCUUCUGGCAACUAAUUUUAACCCUUUAAUCUUCUUUCAUAGUUGUAUGGACUUAGAAACUAAACAGCCAGUCUUUUCAUAAAUUGUUUGGGAAACAUCAGAAAAUAGGCUGUGGAGCCUGAGCGAGAUGAUAAUGAAGAUGAUCAUGAUAAUCGUAGUGAUAACAUUAGCUAUUUUUUAUUGAAUACUUAUUUUUUGGUUUAUACUAUAGUAUUUUAUACACAUAAUCAUGUUUAGUCACCUUAGUAACAACAUUUAGUUGGUGCUAUCUUUAUCCCUGUGUUAUACUGGAUGAACUGAGGCAUGGACAAGUUAGUUUGCCCUAUGUCACUACUGCUAAGUGGACUGAAAUCCAGCUUUGUCCGUGAGUAAAGCCUAAGGUUUGUUGUGUGCUUAACUACUGUGCAAUAGGGACAUCAUUUGCACGGACUUUCUGAGGUCUGUUCUCUGCUUAGUUUCCUUUUUACCUCCAGAUUCAUGGAGUCAUUUUCUUGUCUAUAACCUAAAGGAAUUGUACUUAUAAUCUCCACAUUCAUUUAACAAAUCCUUCAUUUUAUAUUGAAUACUAUGUGCUAGGAAUAGUUCAAAGCACUGAGUGAACAACCAGAAUAUCCAUCCCUCAUGAUGCUUAUUCUGAGGGGUUUGGGGGUGUCCAUGCGUCGGUAAAGGAAGAGAACACAAGCAAAUAUACACUUAAGUAUUUUUUAUGUCAGAUAUUGGUAAGUUCUAUCGAGACAAAUGAAACAAGAUAAGGGGGAUAGAAGUACCAGUGGUCAUAAAUGUGGGUGGUCAGGGAGACCUGAAAGAAGCAAGAGCAUAAACAAUAUAGGUAUCUGUGAAGAGAAGGUAUUGUGCUAGGUUUUAGAAAGUUGAUGUUAAGAAAAUCUCAGACAUAUGGAAUGUAUUUCACUUUGGAAUGCCUUGUCAAAUGUUUUCUUGCUUGUUUUGUAUUACUAAUGUUGUCUGGAUUAAGCCUUAAGAUUAAAACUUACUCCUUGCAUAUUUACUGACAGUAGAAGAAAAUGGCCCAGAAGCAUGGGGAAGUUACCCUGGAAUUCAAAGUCUGUAGAUAAUCCAUCAGCAGAUAAUUUAAGGUUUGCUGUGUACUUAUAAUGAAACCGUACUAACAGAUCACUUGUUUUUACCAAAGCAAUAAAUGCUAUUGGUGUAUGAGUUGUAACUAACACUUAAAUUAGUUUUUUCAUCUCUAACUUUUAAAAAUGGAGUCGUAGUUAAAGCAAGGACAUGUAAUAUUUUAGUUUUGAAAUUUCAGGACUUUUGUGGUCUAUUGAUCUUAUGCUGACAAGUAUAUCAAACACAUGGUGUUUUGUAUUGGUUUUCCUAUAAAAUUUUAUGACAUCAAA